UGUAUAAAGGAGCGUUGUUCACUGCUAAUUAAUCGCAAAUCACUUUCCAUUGUGUUUGCAAAGGAACGUUGUAUUCAUAAAUUGCAAAGACGGUUGUAUAAACUAGAACUUCCUUCAGCUUGCUUUUUUCGUUUGUACGUCAGAAAGGAUUCCAUGCGGAGGUUGGUGACACAGAAAGCUAGAGAAAGAAGUUAGCUUUCGACAAACUCACGCUGAAACAAGAAUGUUAAGUGAAGACUUUUUCAAGUUUGGAACUACGUUUUCGUCGACUGGAUUUUGUUUCGAAGAUGCAUGCUUAAUGCGAGAGAACGAGGCGCCAAACAAUUGUCCCGGGCAUGAUUGAGGAGAGUAGAUUUGUGAAUACUUUAUCUGGUCCAAUGCGUUUUUGACACUGAAUUCGUGGGUUGUGGUUUUCAGGUUCGCUCCAAUGGUUUUCAAAUCUCGAAGGAAUAUCAGUGUUCACGACUUUAUUUGCAAUCAUGUGAUGCAAGUUUGCUUGGAGCCCAAGUCCUGAAACAACACACAAUUAGCACACGAAAGAAGCAGAACUUUCUGUUAACAGAGAAUUAACAGCAUUCAAGUUUUAAUAAUACUGUGCGCUUACAAUUUGCUUAAAUCGUGGAGUUGUGGUACUUUACAUAACUUAGCGUCGGUACGCGAGACAACUCUUCAAGAUUCUUCGUCGGUGUUCUAUUAUAUAUAUACCGCAAUCAAAGGCUGAAGAUGGCGAAGUUUUUCAAAGGAAAAGACGAAGAAGAGGAACCUGAGGGAGAUCGGAAGAAAAUUCUUCCAAACAUGAAUCUCCCGACGAUAGAUCGCACGAAAUUGAAAGGAUCGUUGAAGUGUCUUAAAUGGAUUCAAAAGAAAAUUCAGAAGAAAGGAGCUGCCUUUCCUUUAUUUAUGAUUCUUCUCAACACAAUUUAUUUGACCCUCGGAGGACUCAUUUUUAUGGCUGUUGAAAAUCAACCUAAAGUUGUUGUAAAUACUUCGCAAGAAUUGGUGGAAAUUUUCGACGUUUUAAAGAAUUCGGAUGUUAGUCAGAACGUGUCGCUAUCCAGUGGACUAAGUAUUCAAGAAUUAGUGCAGAAUCUUACAUCGAAAGAUCUAGCAAAGUUUGAAGAAGUUCUUGCUGCAAUAAGUAGUCAACGUACAGCAGCUUCUAAAGCGGAGUGGAACAUUUACAAUUCCAUAUUCUUUUGUAUGACAGUCACCACGACAAUCGGUAAGCAACAUGAAAUCUUUUGCAAUCUUUUCCAGCUUGUCUUCGUGAAUGUUCUACUGGUGUACCUUGGCCUGUCUGUCCUGUCAAUCACACUCAGUAUGAUCGCUUCAAAUAUACACCACCAAAUGCAGAAAGCUUCGUUCAUUGAGAAACUCAAAGAAACCGAGAUGUCGGACUCUUCUUUUGUUGGCUCUGCCGUGGGGGUUGGAGACGAGGAAAACGGCAACGGCAACGGCAACGGAAAUAGAGGAAGGAGAGGGUCUGGGGAUGACAGGGCCAUAGCCACGCAAGAUACAAAUGGCGGGAAAUCUUACGGAAGCACUGAGAAUAGUCCUUAACAUGCUUUGCUUCAGUGGCCUGGAACCCAGAUAAAUUCUCAAAUAUGUCCCCAUCAGUUAUCGAAAUGUGGGUUUUUGUUCAAUUCGUCAACCUUUUUUAUUUAUCUAUAAAAUUUCAAACGAAAUUUCAGUAAAUAGUCGACAAUUUUCUGGUGGGCCAUUAUUUGGGCGACUCAGUUCUAUGAAAAUAAUCAGUUUUAUUACAGUCAUCGAAACAGCGUGCUAGGCAAGCCAUACCAAAUCACUAGCAAACAACAGAAUGGGAGAGCAGAUUGUUCUUGUGAGAGAAGACAUGAAAGAUAGUGUGUAUCGCUUUUAGACCCCUAGCCAAUGAGGAACUAUCGACGACUAGUAAAAAAGACUUGUAAAAUCCGCCUUCUCAUGUCGUUUGCGACGGGGCGCGAUUUUAAGGUCCAAAUCGUUUAUAGCGGUGAGCUAUGGAUUCGUCAUUUUAGUUUCAGUGGACAGAUAGCAGUCUCAUGAGGGCAAGAUGUUCCGUUAUUGAGCCCCACGCAUCCCCCAACCCGCGGGACAGC